AUUUUGCAGAACCUAUAAAGAGCAUCAUGACAUCACUGCAACUGAUCAGCGCAAACUUUCAGCGACAAGCUAACGCAAUCGCUCACAGGACCAAUGACUACAUAAACAAAACUCUCAUUGUAAGGAGAGGUCAGCCAUUCUCAGUCUCACUCAAUUUCAACAGAGCAAUGAGACAGGGUGACAGUCUAGCCUUAACUGUAACCACAGGUCCCUCCCCGUCAGAAUCCACGAAUACAAGAGCAGUGAUGCCGGUUUCUAGAUCUGGCAGCACCACAUCCUGGAGCGCUAAAAUGGAAACCAGCAGUAAUAACACUCAAAAUAUUUUAAUGAAUAUUCCAGUCAAUGCGGUUGUUGGGAGUUAUCAAAUGGGCGUUCAAAUCACCAGUGUGGGACGUACAACAUCCCGAUCAGCAGGAGAGUUCAUGGUGAUUUUCAAUCCGUGGGCAUCAGGUGAUGAUGUGUUCAUGAGCAACAAUCAAGACAGAAAUGAAUAUGUUCUGAAUGAUAUUGGAGUAAUUGCCUAUGGGAGCGCAAAUUCUCGGGCAAGCAGGCAGUGGGACUAUGGUCAAUUUGAGGAAGGUAUUAUAGACAUUAUCUUCAAACUACUGAACAGUAGCCUAGACUACAGGAGGGAUAGAGGAACUGAAGUGUCUAAGAGAAAUAAUCCUAUACAUGUGGCAAGAGUCCUAAGUGCAAUGGUCAACAGUAAUAAUGACAAUGGAGUUACGGUGGGAAACUGGAGUGGGGAUUACUCUGGCGGAUCGAGUCCUACACGAUGGAAUGGGAGUGUUGCCAUUCUACGUAGCUGGAAUCUAAGUGGUCCUGUUAAAUUUGGACAGUGCUGGGUGUUUGCAGGUGUUCUUUGUACAGCACUAAGGUGUCUUGGGAUUCCAGCUCGAGUGAUCACAAACUUUGAGUCUGCACAUGAUACAAACAGCAGUCUCACUGUUGACAGAUAUUUUGAUUCAAGAGGACGUAGUCUAGGUUCCAGUGACAGUGUGUGGAAUUUCCAUGUAUGGAAUGAGGGAUGGUUUGUUAGAAAAGACCUUGGUGCUAUGUACAAUAAAUGGCAGAUUCUUGAUGCAACUCCACAGGAACCUAGUGAAGGAAUUUACUGCCUUGGGCCUACAUCUCAGAAUGCUAUUAAAGAAGGGGCUAUAAACCUGGAUUAUGAUGGACCCUUUGUAUUUGCGGAGGUGAAUGCAGACAGAAUAGACUGGCUUACCAUGGAUGAUGGAACCAACAAAAAGAUUUACUCUGAAACCUCAUCAGUGGGGCGGUUCAUCAGCACGAAGGCAGUUGGUUUAUUCAGCGUUGUAGAUAUCACAGACCAGUACAAGUAUCCUGAAGGCACUGACAAGGAGAGAGAAAUAUUUAACAUAGCUAGAGGAAACCUUCCAAAUCUAUUAAUGAGUGGCGGAGGUUUUUCUGCAUUUGGUGCAUCAUCACGUUUAGCAGCACGUGAAUCCAUGGUAGCCAAUGCAGCCCCAGCUGUAAAACCUGACAUCUCUGGAGCAUUUAAAAAAGAUGGGGAGAAGCAAGUUGGUGAGGACUUCACUAUCACUUUGACUCUCAAAAACAAUGGCUCUACCAGCACAGAUGUCAAAGUGAAUAUAACAGCUAGUACCAUUGUUUACACUGGUGCACCUGUAAAGGAAAUUCUUAAGGAAUCCCAGUCUGUCACCCUGGGACCAAACAAAGAGAAAAAUAUACCAUUGACAAUAACAUACGAUCAAUAUUCAGAUGCCUUAACCACAGAUAAUAUGAUCCAGAUUGUUGCAGUGUGUGAGGAUGGAAAUGGAGGAGAAUUGCUGGUUGACACUGUAAUUGUACUAAAGAAUCCACCACUUCUAUUAAAGAUAUCUGGGCAACCUAUCAUCAACAAGGCUAUAUCUGUGGAAAUAUUGUUUAGCAAUCCUAUUGCAGAAGAUGUCGAUAAAUGUCAGCUGACAAUUGACGGAAGUGGUUUGUUAAAGGACUCUCUAGUAAUAAACCUACCAUCACUGAAGCCUAACCAGAGAUCCAAAACUCAGUUUGAUAUGUUUCCUUAUAGAACUGGAAUAAGAGGCCUUAUUGUAGAUUUCUCUUCUGCAAAGUUCUCCGAUGUGAAGGCAUUCAAGGACAUCAAAGUGCUUGCAGCUUAGAAAAUCUGCUUUAGUAUAAAGUAUAAUGGUAGUUUUUGCAUA